GAAGACCUUUUUCUUUUCAUCUUAUUUCUUGCCUUGACGGCGAUCUGUGAGGACCUUUUGAUUUCUCUCUCUGCGUGUGUGUGUUUGUGUGUGUGUUGAUUCUUCCUCCUCCGCGUCUGCAUGAGAACGUGGAUGGCGGUACGGGUAGCACGUUUGCUCUUCGAACUGCUUCAUACCUCCUCGUACAAACACAGCCCCCAGCAGCAACAACAUGUAUACAUGCGGAGAAGGUCUGCAGUGGUACGAUCCGGCGCUUCUGUUUCCCUCCUGUCCCCUCGGCGGGAGCGACGAGGGUGACUUCGAGAACGACCAGCACAGCAGCGCCGCUUCGUCCUCGCCUUAUCAACCUCAAAGAGACCGCCUCGGUGGAGGCCGCGGCACCGAUUUGGACAAUCUUUCGCCGAGUGCGUUGCACCGCCACGUCCAGCACCGCGCCCGCGAGCUGCUGCUAGACCGUCUCAGCGGUGACACCCUCACCAGCGACCGCGACGCCUGCGCAAGCGUGGCCGCGCUGGUCAGGUCCCUCCACAAAGGGUCACCCGUGCAGCUGACGGCGGCAGCGACGGCGACGAGUAGUGCGAGCUCGCAUCUGCCGCCGCCGCCGCAGGAGCAUCGGACGCGUGCAACCGAUAGCACAAAUCUUCUUCGCGAUUCCGCGCCGCGUGGAGCAUCGUCUUUUCCCGCCAGUCUGUCCGGCGCUACCUCGCAGAGCGAUGGGCAGCCACCGCAUCGCGGCCGACAGCGUCACCGUCACGGCACUCACUCUCCGAUGCACAUACUUGCAGCGGGGGAUGCAGUAAACGAGUUUAACGAACUCUGUGGCAGCGACUCCGACAGCGCGGAGGCCUACUUCGAUGAUGUGGAUGCGGACGACGAUUUUUCUCUUGGUGGGUGGUCGAGUGUGUCCAGCAACGGCAAGUGCGGCGAAGAUGCUGCUGUUGCGGCUGCACGGCACGCGCGUGAGCUUCGAGCCACCUUCCUCUCGCUCCCCGCACAGCUCGGGGUGCAGGAGGAGCCGGUGCUAUGCCCGUUGGACCUACAGGCCGACCCAGUGGCGCACGUGGUGGCGGCGGCGGAGGUGUUUGCGGUGGUCACGACCACCGUACCGCAGGUGCUGUACGUGUUUGAUCAGCUGAACAACUUGCCAAUCUCGUCCAGCGUGUUGGGUGGGACGUCGUACACGGUUGCCGGCAGCGGCGUCCGCGCCGGGCACGCAGACGAGGACGCAGCGUCACUGCGGCAGUCUUUUGCGGGGACACAGAUGGGCCUUGGCAAUGCGGCCUAUGCGCUAUCCGAUGCCUCCGCCUCCCCCGCGAAUGCUGCCUCUGUGCGCGUUAUCGCCUGCACCAUCGACGCCGGCGACACGGUGCAGCAGCUGUGGCUGGACCCGUCGGGGCACUACUGCGUGCUGGCUUUUGCGUCGGGCAAGUGCGUGUAUUACUACGUCCCUCGGCGGCCCUCUGCCGUCACAAGGGCGGGGCCUGAUGGCACUAACGCCACCACGACCACCACAGCGGCCGACGCACGCUCCAAAGGAGCAUCAGGAAGUGAGGAGAGGGGCGAGGAUGACGAUGACGACGGCGACGGGGACGGCGAAAAGCGGCGACGGCGGCGGCAGGAGCGUCACCGAGAGUGGAAGGCGGCGGCGCGGCGGUGGUUGCGUCUUAGCCGCCGACGCCGCUCCGCCAGCGACAACGACGACGACGGCGGUGGUGGUGGGGUGGACGACGCUGGCAGCGUGCGCGAUGGCGACACGCAUUACCAUCCGCGCGGCUUCAGCCUCACCUGCGGGCUUCCGUGGUCCUCCUCGUCUUCGGCAGGCGCAGCAGCCACGGCGGUCAACGCGGCAGGUUCGGCGACUCGCAGUGUUGUGCCGUCGUGCGUGGGGUGGAGUCGACACGUCGCCCCGACCUCUGCAGACGCGACUGCUGCUGCUGUGACGACGACGACGGCGGCGAGGGCGACGGCCUCCUUCGUGCCGGCAGCAUCCAGUCCACGCGGAAUCCUCAAGACCGACGGUCGGCCGCCCGCCUCGCACGGAGCGUCCAAGCAUCUGGCCUUCACCACCACCACCCCAGCGACGCCUGCACCCACAGCCACGUCUUGUCCCUCCGACACUGCGGUGGAGGCGCUGCUGGGAGCUCGUGAGGGGGGCAGCCUCGUCGCCUGCCGGCUGACCCCCACCGGAGCCGUGGAGGGCCGAGUGGUGUUUACCUUUCCUGCCCCCGUUGCACAGGCGCCCAUUGACGCCAUCGCCGCCAUCUGUGCCCCUGCUGUGUCGUUCGACCCCAACGGCACGGGGGACCCGCACGAUGAGGUCCACCGCGAUGUGACGGAGAGCAGCAGCCACCAGGGCAGAGGUGCAGGCGGUGUGCCGCCGUCGUCUCCGCGACACGUUCGUUGGGGAUGUGCGGUGCCAUCGCGACCAGACCCUGCCGACCGAGGCGACGAUGGCGACGACGACACAACUUAUACCUUUUCGACCUACACUCACACCCCGCACCUCCUCUCCGCCGAUGAGGAGCGGCAGCAGGAGAUGCGCGAGCCGCUGCCCACCACCUCCACACCCGCCGCUGAUACACGCGAUGACCACAGCACCGCUGCGGGGUAUCGCGGUUCCGCCUUCUCCGAGCGUCGACGCUGGGUGGUGCUGCUGUCUGUCCGGAAUCGCCUCUACGUCUUCGCCUCGCCGGGCACAACGCUUGACUUUUCACAGUUCAUGGAGACUCGUGAGGCCUCACGCACGGUGGGGGUCGGUGGUGUCGUCGGCGGUGCAGGGAGCAGCCCCACCGCCUCGUCUCUCCCGCUGCUGGGCGGCUCCUUUAAGGCCGCGGCGCACCGCCUGAGCGGCCGAAUCGAAGACGCGUUUCUGCUCUACUCCGACGAUCCUCUGCGUGAUGUCGGCGGUCCAUACGGCCAGGGCAACGAGGGGAAGCGCGCAACGUCAUGGAACGUCGCGCCGCCGUCGUCGUUUCCGUCCACACAGCCGCCGACGACGGGAAACCUGAGCGCCAUCACGGAGUUGGACCGACCGUCACCGACAGCGCAGACGUUGAUCAUGGCUGCGCCGUCAGCCGAACGCCUGCACAACUAUAUCACCCUUGAGCCGUCCGCCUUCAGCGAGUACACCGCUACGGGCUACAGCUGCGGUGCCUCGAAGGUGCACACCGCCUCGCCGGACGUGGCGGCGGCAGCAGAGGCGGCAGCGAUGAUCGCAAAGGCGGAGGACAGCUCUGCAGGCUUGGCGUCCAUUCGGGCCGGUUCAGCCGGAGCGAACGCAUCGAACGGGCUCGGCAGACCAGGCGAAGAAGACGCGAGAUCUUCCACGUCGAAGGACGCACUCGCCGCUUCUCCGGGCUGGGCAGCUUCUGCGGCUUCGCCUUUCCUUGUAGAGUCGAACACGCGCGGGACCCUUCACCUCGUCUUACCCCCGUCCCACCCCUCUUCAAUCAACCACGCAGCACGGCCCGCGAAGGGGUGCGGUGGUGGUUUGGUCACCCCGGCGGCGCUGGCUCCUGUGUUCUACUGGCAGUACGGCGAUGUGGUGGUGCAGGGCCUUGUCCUCUGCGGCGCAGGCGGGCUGGAGGUGGGGGCCAAGGUGGGCGAACUGGUCCACCGCGAUAGACAGACCUUUGCGAGUGCUUCCGCUGCUGCCGCGAUGACGACGAUGACGAAGUCUACUGCUCCCCCUACGAUGGCGCGAAGCCGCGGAGGAAGCGGCAGCGCUCAACUAGAUGCAGUCCUUCCUGCGGUGUAUUCAAAGAGGACUGCACCCGCGUCUGGCUUGGAGGCUGGUCUGACGGCGAUCAUCCAGGACGCUUUGCACGACACCCAGGACCUUAACUCGUUUGCUGACGGCGCAAGGACGACAGCAGCGGACAGCAAGGAUGGCGCGAGUGGGCAAGGUGCGUAUGCUUCUCUGCGUCCCACCUCACCGUCCUCCGGGGCCACACGGCAAAUAGCUGCCGGUCACCCAAGCGUCGCUGCAGCAACUUCACAGCAGAGGAAAUCACCGCGCGCUUCGUGCGCCACGCAACCCGCGUUGCUGCCGAUUGGUCUUUUGUCCGUCAUCAACCUCAACAGCUGCCUUCAGUCGCUGCGUGGAUUGCUGGACGCGACGUCCGUGAUGCGUGGCGGUAGGGAGCGUGGGCCAGAGCAGGAUAGUAAGGAAAGGCCUCGAGGGCUGACGUACGCGCAGUGCACCGUGCGCACCACCGCCCUCACGCCAGCCCCCGCAUCGAGCGGCGAAAUUGAUGGCGUCUCUUCGGCGGCGGUCCCCACAAGCGGCAACGCACAGGGCGGCGUUGCGGGAUGGGGCAGCAAGGAGGCGGCGGAGGCAGCGGCGCUGCGACAUCCUUCGCUGCAGUUCCCCUGGACUUCGCGACUUCAACUGGACAACCUGCGAAGGAGCCGUUCGGACAGUGCGACGGGGGCAGCAGACGAUGUCGCCAGCCGCCGUCACCGCCACCACCGCCACCGACACACCGGCCAGCAAUCAACGUGGCAGUCGGCCCACUUGACUUCACCGACGGCGGCAGUACAAGAGAAUCCCGGCGACGGCAACAGGAAGUACGCUUUUCCAAACUACCACGCUGCGCACAGGAGAAGCACCGACUCCCCUCGACCCUCUGCGCUGCUCGGCCCCUCUCUCCACAUCCCACUGCUGAGUGCUGCGCUGGCGCGAGGUGAUGUCAGCGCAGCAACGGUGCGUCGGCUGUGUGCUGUUGGCCGCGCCUACGUCCGCCGCUCUCCUGUGCUCUUUGGCGCACCGGUAGAGAAAGUCCUGCGCACUAGGGCGGCAGCGACCAUAGCAGCGGCGGAGGCAGCCGUUGACCUGCCGGCUCGACUUGACGCAGGCCCUGCCGCGCCGACGGCUCUCGCGUUGGAUGCGGACGGCGUGACACUCGAUCCCCGCGGGGAGCUGCUGGUGAGCAUGUCGGCGAGCUACACUCACAUCACGCUCACCACGACCCAAGGCGUCUACGUGGUGGCGCACGCGGCGGUUUUACCGCUGAUGGAGGCGGCCCUGCAGUGGCGCCGGGAACUGGUGUACCACGCCGUGACGGCACGCGCUGCGACGACGCCGGCGGGAAGUCCGCCACCUGCGUCCCCUAUCGCUGCGGAUGCUGCCGCACCACCACCGCCGCCGCUCUUCACCGUCAUGGCAGACCCUGCCGCGCCGGACGUGUUUUACCUUGCGAGUCGUGCUCGCAUGGUGCGUCUGCAGACCCUCUCACUGCACUCCUCCGCCGCAGGACGGAAGCAGUUUGUGGUACAGCUGCUGGCAAAGGCGGGAGGGGCGGCGGCGGCGGUCACGCAGCAGACCAUCGCGCACUCAACAGGAGACGCAGGCGGCAAUAAAACGACGGUAGAGGACGGUGGUGUUGGGGCAGCUCUCGGGCAGUCCAUAUCGGCUGCGACAGCGGAGGCUUUCAAAGAAUCAUCAUCAGCAACCGAAACAGCGGUGGUCGUGCCCUCCUCCAUGUCCUACGAAGUGCGGCUGAGGGGCUUGUUAAAGAAGGAUAUCGAGGAAACGGCGGUGAUAGACGCGGUGCGCUCCACGAGGCAUGGACUGAGACACCACAUGGAUGACUACGAUGCUAACGAAAAGGAUGCGGAUGACCUUCAUAGCGGACGGCGAGGUCAGCACCACGACGAUAACAGCAGCCGCCGCACAUAUCGCACCGCCUCGCACGGGGACGGCGCGAGCGUGUCAUGGCGCUCCUCGCGCUCCAACUCAAGCCACCUUCCCCCGCGCCUUCCCUCCUCGACCGCCGACACGACUCCUACCCCCACCACACGCAGCGCGUCGCAAAGCAUCGAUCCCCUUGCGCUAAGCGUUGGCUGCGCAACACGCAUGACGAAUCUCGUGCCGUCCGCGCCGACCACCACCACCACCACCACGACCGCCACCAGAGCGACGUCUACGACGGCGGUGGUGGCGGACGACAACACCGGUGCGCUGCCACAGGCGCUGAGCAUCACGGCGGUGACCCGACCCCAGGCGCCGGUGAGCGCCGCGCAGCACUUCCUGCGCCACUCAAAUCGACAAGCACUACUGCCGACGGUGUCCCUCGGCCGCGACGACGCCGACGACGCCCCGCAGCGCCGACGCAGUCCUGCAGCAGCCUCUGCCGCGACGCCUCUGAUAGGUGUAGGGAGUGCGACGCAGGCGCGUAGGCCAGGAGGGGUAGCAGCGGGCCCCCUUUUCACUCCACAGACGCCAUCUGAGCCGCUGAACAACGCCGACAUUCGUGCCUCACCGCGGGGGAGCUUCGCCGGGACCCGCAGCGACGUUCAGGCGCUGCCACGGCACGCUCUGGGCGCACCUCACCAGAGCUCACCGUUGGUGCCCCCUCUGCAGCGUCAGACCACCGACCCCCUCACCUCUGUUUCCGCUUCGCACGGACCGGCUACCAACGCAGAAGUGCGCUACGGCGCGGCUUCUCGGCACACAUCCCAACCCAUGCACGACGGGCCGCCGCCCUCCUACGCCAGUGCGGGUACUUCUGCAGGUGCAUCGAAGGUCAGGCAGCACACAACAGGUGCCGGCCCCAGUAUUACCGCUGCUGCGGCUACGAUGGCUGCGUUAGGGGUGAGCAGCGACGCCGAAGACGGUGAUAUCGUCUCCUUUCUCCGUGAGAAUCCCCUUCUGCACUUUCUUCUACAGCGCAGCGCGACGACGAGCGGCGACGGGGGAGGCGGCCGGAGGGGCACCCACGUCGAGGCCGGCUGCGCCUCGUCUCUUCGUUGUCAUAAGCCGUCUUCUUCACGCGCCACGCACGCCGCCGACCGUACCCGCGCCGUGAACGUCCCCGGCUUCGGCGUGUUGCCUGGCUCGGCAGGACUGACGUCGCUGGCCCGAGUGUCCAACCGUGCUGUCGCGAGUUGGCUCCUGCAACUGCCAGUCGGUGCAGAUUACUACUGCGUGGACCAUCUGUACGAGCUGGCCUUGGCGGCCGCCGCCUGCGCAACCCACGGGACUUCCUCCGCGACGUCAGCGCCGUCGUCAUCACCGGCAUCACCGGCGGCGCGGUGUCGUGUGGUGACGCGGGAAGACGUGCUUCUACUGGGCCUUGUUCGCCAUGCCUACGGCGGCUUCCUGCUCUCGCAGCAGCGCUUCCUUGAGGCGGCGGUGCAGUUUGGCAAGGCCGUCGACGGCCCGACACCCGUCACGACGAUCCUCAUCGAGCUCGUCCGCGCGUUUCGCGCCAGCGAUUCCCUGGAGCCCCUGGUGGUGUUUCUGCAUCUGCGCCUGCGUGCGAUGGAGGCCUCCGCGCUCGGCGUCGGUGGGCACGGCAUGGAGGUGUCCGUGCUGACGACGUGGCUGCUGUCGGUGCAUCUGGAGCAGUGCAGUACGGCACGUGCGCAGCGGCUGCGCUACGAGGCAGGCGGUGACUCCGCAGGUGACCGAGAGAGCAACACUGGCGCACCCGCAGGUAUCAGGAAUGAAAGCAGCGGCGGCAGCAACGACAAGAAACGAAGAGAAGACAAACUUUUGUAUUUGAAUAGAGCGAGCGUGAAGGACCAGGAAGCUGGAAUGCCGCCAUCGCCUGACUUUACACGUGUGGCGUGGAUUCGUCGCCGCUACCACCUUGACCAUCCAGUCGCCUUGCUCGAGGACACAUUGCUGCGCUACAGCCGUUUUGUGGACGGGGCGGUGCUGUCCACCUCGGUGGCGCGCCUCGCCUCUUCCCACGAGGCCGUCCUUGUGUCGGAGCUGGAGGGGUCGCCGGAGAAGACCGUCAUGAGUUUGGUGCUACGUGAGCAAAAUUAUUUUGCUGGCCUGCUGCGGCUGGAGGCGUUGCUGGAGGACCCCAUCUCGCAAUCUGCGCAGACACGCCACCUGCUGCAGUCCCUCAUCAGUGCCAACGCUCUUCGUCACCGCUCCGGGAGUGGUAAUACAAGCGGAGGGGGCGACCUCACGGCCGCCGGAACGAUGCCGCUUACGACUGUGUUCUACGGGAAUAGUGGGCCCGCUUCUGAAAUAAGUGGGCGUGCGGGCGUCGCUUCGUCGUCCUCGCUGCCGCUGCCUGCUCCCCGUGAUGCAGCGGCCCUCCCUCGCACCUUGGCAUCUCUGUUUGAGCGCUUUUCCACCCUCUUCCUCUGCUGCUACCCGAGUCGCUUCGUGCAGGAAGGCCUACUGGUGCUCCUGCACGAGCGACAGGACGUGCCGCUGCCGCCGCGGCGCCUGCUGCCUGCGCUGCUGACGUACUCGUUGGCGAAUAACGAAAGCGUCUUCGAGGCAACGGGACACCCCAGUGUGGUGUUGCGGGCGCUGGCGCUGGCGCGACGUGCGCAGCAGCAACAGCAGCAGCGAGGACGACAGCUGGUUUCACACACGGCGCACGUGAAGGCAGGCAAUAGAAGAAGGACGAAAACAGAGCGGACAGCACCGAGUCGGGAGCCUGCUGGCACGCAUGAAGGGGGAGGGGCAUCACAGGAGAGGGAAGGGAGCGCCGCUGAUCCUGCGGAGGAGGAUACAAACGAGAAAGACGAGCACCAGAAACAAGGAAAGGGCGGGGGACGAGAAGAGACGAAGAGCAUCAGCCCAGUGGCAGCGGCGCCGCCUACGUCCACUUCCCAUGCCAGUUCUCUUGCAGCAAAGCACGGCGUCGAGCCGUCUCUCCCAGCAUCUUUCAGCUCCGCCACAACCGCUGCCACCUCUUCAUCAACGUCGUUGUCUCUCUCAUUCAGCAUCUCUCACGACGACACCCGCGCCUACGAAGCGGACGGCACAUUGCCGAGGGACCACGCAGCGCCCGUACCUGCGCCGCCGCCGCAACCACGACGGCCAAGUCAACCCCUGUCGCUGGUGCCGCUGCUGGACGAGAGUGGCGACAUCAAGGAGUACGACGAGAUUGUGUUCGAUGCCUCGACCAGCAAGGAAGAAGACGGCGGAGACGUGGAUACGAACAUCGUCCUGUCAGAUGUGCAUUCGCCGUCCACCUCCUCCACGUCGCACACCGGCCGCCGCGGUUCGUCUUCCGCGGUCGCUACAACAGCAUCGCUGCGCAGGCGCGGACGCAAGGCGGGGCUUUUCGUGGAUGGCGCUCUGCCGGAUGCGAGUGGAAGAGGCACCGACAACGGCAUCAACGCGGAAGAACGACGAGAGAAACUGAAGGACUCAUCACGUCCGUCCUCCGAUAAAGCGGAUGCGUCAGUGGGGUCUGUGAAGGCCUCCACCGCACCAUCUGCCUCGAGCCGUGAAGGCCACCGCGACAUCCGUAGCAGUGACGAUGAUAGCAGCAGCAGCAGCAACAGAAGCAGAAGUAGGAGCCAAAAUGUGGCCGCACAAAAUCUGUUGCACGGCAGUCACGACGCAGGUCCACCCACCGCUGUCACUGCAGCUAUCGCUGCUGCUCGCUCCCCGCUUUCGUCGAGCUCCUCAGUUUAUUAUUCGUCUUCGCGCUCUUCUUCUACUUCGAGCGAUGCGGUGGAUGGUGAGACGGCCACCACCUCUGCGUCCACCUCCGCGUCCUCUUCCAAGUCGACUGACCUCCGUGACGGGGCGGAAUCCCUCACGGAAGACGAUGAGGACAGCGACGCCGAUGCGGAUGCUUUCCCGCCGCUCAUGGCGUACAGCAGAGGAGGGGGUGGCGGUGAUGCCGGAGAUGACGAGCGCACCGGCGCGCGGGUGCGACGUACGCGGCAGAUGCGACUGCGCGAUGCCCUCACUCCUGCGCUGACCCCCACCAUCGUUGCCGCAGCGCAGGCAAACGAUCCAGACGAGGCAGCGGAGAAGGAGACGGGCACGAAACACGGCGACGCAAGCGGCGGCAGCAGCAGCAGCGAUCCCCUCCUCUCCGUUCCUCAGCACGCUGUUCUGUGCUACCUGGAAGACCUCGUUGUGCCCCACGGCGUACCGGCGAACCACCUCGACGGUGACGGCGCAGAUGUCGCCAUUUUUGUGGCGUACGUCAACACGCUGGCCCGUGACGGUGACGAGGCAGCACUGCAGAAGUUUACGGAGCAGACGGCGCUGCAACACCUAGCUCAGACAGACGCAUUGGGCUCGUCGUCAACGUCGUCGUCCACCGCCACCUCGUCCUACAGCCUCCUGCACGUGCUGCGUCUGUGCGCCACGCACCGCCGAUGGGUGGGCUGUGUGUGGAUGUACUACGCACUUGGCUUCCCCCGCGAGGCCGUGCAGCUGUCGCUGAAGUUUGUAGUGGGCGAAGAGGGGGUGCGGCUCGCGGUGCGGCUGCUGCAGCUUCUGUAUGACCGAGACCGCCGACACGAGCAGGCGGCGCGGCGACGCGAGGCGAAUACCGGCGCGCUGCAUUCCGCUACACUCGCGACGGCGGCAGCAGCAGCAGCGCCGCACUGCGGCGAGGCGGGCAAUGAGUACACGCAGCGGCAAGAGGUGCGGCGCACGCGGCGUGAGUUGUGGAUGCUCGUGGCGCACUACUUAAUUCAGGGCGGCGGCAACACGAAGCACGGCGCGCAAACGGCCCUGCAGCUGAGCCUGCGCAGUGGCGGCGAUGAUUUCAACGUGACGGACGUGCUGCCGGAGCUUCCAGACUCGCUGUUCAUGGCGGAGCUCAAGGAGGAGCUGCUCAGCUCUGUGCGGGAGUUGUCGCGCAAGAUGCGCGGGCUGCGCGCGAACACGGCCGCACUCGGUCGCGACUCCCGCGUCCUGCAACGCGAGUUGCUGGUGAUGUCGCACCAGCCGCUACCGAUGCAGUUGGAGGAGCGCUGUGUGCUGUGUGGGCAGCCGGCCUUGGCGCGUCCGUUUACGGUGUACCCUCGCUGCCGGCAUCUCAUGCAUACUUCAUGCUAUCAUCACGCACGGCAGGCCAUGUUGCUGCGGCAAUCGGAGCAGACAGAGGAGGCGCAGCGAGAGGACGCGCGAACGUCUUCGUCCUCGCCGCGCCCCGUGCUGCUCUCGACUGUGCUAGACGUCUCCGUGCACCGCGGUGUCGACGACCGUGAAGAGAGCGCACCCGACCACGUCGGAGACACCUGCACGGAGGAACCCCCGGCAGACACGAUGGAGUGUUUGCUGUGUGCGCGGCGUUAUCUGCGCACGAUGCUGGACGCCCCGCUGCACGUCGCACUUGUCGGCGACGAUGUGCGGCAACCAAACCGACGACUUCCGCUGCGUUGA